ACAAACAAUGGCGGCCAAGUUGGAAACAUCCCAGCACAAAGGUUCGGACGUUGUUUACGACGUGUGUUGUUCAAUCUGCGAGGAUGAUGGUAUACAUAAGGAAGAGCUGUUUUAUUGUCAGAAAUGUUCAAAUUAUUUCUGUGACAGUUGCGUAUUAACGCACAAUAAGUUUCACAAAAAUCAUUCAGUAAGUGAGAAAGGGGGAGUUAACAUUUGGCCCGUAUCUAAAACAGUGGAUGAUACACUGGAGUUAUGUGAAGAGCACACAACUCGUAAUCACAAGGAAUGCAGUCACGUAGUUCUAUUGACGGACAAGGUAAAAUCUUUCACACGACCCAUGGACGUGGCUCAAAUGAAGACCAGCAUUGAAUCGUCAAUGAAACGUCUAGAAGAUAUGGUAAAAGUCGGUGAAGAAAAUAUAACGUCUCUCCAAAAGUCAUACGAAAAAGUGUUGGAAGAAAUAGUUGAUGUGCGUCAACUGAUAAACGACAAUCUAGACCGACUUCAACACAAUACAGAAAUGAAAUUGAAAGAGCUGCACUCUAUAUUAAAGAAUUCUUCAAAAAAUAUUCAAAAACAAUGCGUUGAGUUUAUUUCAAAGAUAAAGGGAUAUAAUAUUAAAGACAUACACAAAAUGUCACCUGAUCGAUAGUUUAUUAUGUACAGAAAAUGUUUAGACCAAAACGCUUCUGCAGAUGUUUUUCUUCGCAAGGUAUAUGCAAAUGUGUCCAUUAAUUUCCACCACAACACGGACUUGACGCAGUUUCUUGCUUCUUGUACAGAAUUAGGCGGUAUCGUUAGUCGCGAAGUUGUGUCACAUCAGGUCGUUGACCCCAACAAGGUUGUAAGCAUUCAAGACAGUUCAAAGUACAAUGUGCGCAAGGCGACUGAUGAGAUGGUCAGUAGCAUAACGGGAAUAUGCGAAUCGUCAAAUGGAGAAUUAGUCAUUGCUGACAACGACAAUAAGUGUGUGAAACUCCUAGAUAAUGCGUACAAUUUAUUAGAACAAAUGCAACUUCGUACUUUUCCGAAAUCAAUGUGUAAUAUAUCCACUAACGAGGUGGCGUUGACAAUUAGUAACGGUUACACUGUUAAUAAGAUUCAUUUCUUACGAGUCAUCAAAGGGAGGAUUGUAAAUUUUAAAACUCUGCAUAUGAACGAUUUAUGUUACGGUAUUGCAUAUCACCAAGGAGACCUGUUUGUAUCGUCUGAAACUGCAGUGUAUCAAUUCACCACGGAUGGGAGGCUAGUGAAGACAUUUUACGAGGAUAUGUCGCUAGAUAGCGCUAUUGUAGGUAUUGGUGUGAGACCUGAUGGAAAGAGUAUCUAUGUGACUGACAAUACUGGCAAGCUACUCACACUUACCAGGGAUGGAGCAGUCACGGCCACGCUCAAGGAUCCUGCUUUUAAACCGCCCUUUGACAAUAUACCUAAUUUGCAAGUGGCAGCCACAGGACAGGUGUUUGUUUUAGGUAAACAAUCAGUAAGUCAAGUUGACACGGACGGCAAGAAAGUCCUCAAUACCAUACAACUUGAUAUGCCCAACCCUUCAUCUGUCUACUUCAAUGAAGGCACAGGCAAGAUGAUUGUUGCAUUUGAAAAAAACAAAACAUCUAUGAGUUCAAAAAAAGGCUUCUUGACUUUUCAACGUAUACCUAUUAUAACGAACAAAUUUGUAUCAGAGAAUUACAGUGCAUUGACUUGUUAAAACAGAUAUUAUUUGCGAUUAUUGUGACAUGUAGUCGCUAUUCAUACUAAUAAGUGUGUGUUCAGUUUACUAGCUUGUUUUAAUUGAAGAACUUAAUCUGCUUAUUAAUAGACGCCUUGUGGUAUUACAAGUUUUUUUCAAUCUUCGCUUUUAAACGUGUUUGUCCAAAUUAAGCAGAUCCUUUCUUGUUUUGUGUCACCCAGAAAUAAAGUCUCCCCAUGUUUUCUCUUUCUAACACUGCUUUUUGCGCACAUUGUGUUUUCCAAAUCACCAUUAUUAUGUUUGUUCCUCUCUCUAAUAAUCUCUCGUCUUAUUCCAUUUUGAAUAUUGUGUAGCCCCAAAUUGUGUUGUUAUUGUAUAAAUACAUGUUUGCGUCAUUGAAAGGGAAGUAAUAUACCUUAAAUGCUUUAUUUAAAUAAAGAAAACAUCUUUUUUUAUUCAAUAUAAUACAUACAAUGGAUACAUGUAUAUGAUCAUACAACAUAGUGAUUGAACAAAGCAAUAAAGUUCAGACAUGUUAUACAAGAUAUGCUAAUAUAUAUAAUUUUUUAGAGAGAAAAGAAAAGAAUAACAGAAGAAUAGUUAUGAAAAAUGAUGACUUGUAUAAAGUCGGAAGAAAGCAUACUGGACUUGUGUGUUUUGUUGUAUAUUCACAAUGAUCUUGUACGAUUGCAAAAUAAAAAUAAAAAAUAAACAAAAAUAGUUUAGAAGAUAAACUAACAUUCGAGUGAAAUGUAUAUAAGAGGACAAAACAUUAUGAGAAUUUAAUCCGAUUCCAUUUUUGUUCAAAGAUUUGUAAUGUGUCAUUACUGAGGGCUAUUUCUUUCUCAAUCUGGAUUUUUAGUUUAAGACUAUGGACAAAACAAUUAAAAUUUGGUACUUUUUUUGUACUUCAUGUUAAAGAUAAAAUAUUCAUCAAUAUAAUAAUAAAAUUCACAAUAUUAUUACAGUCGAUUGAUUUCAAUGAGUUAAUUCCGAAACUUACAUUUAAGAAAGAUAGUUUAACGUUUAGUUGCUGUUGUUUAAGAAAAGAUACUAAUUGAUUCCAAAUAGGCUGGAUGUGUUUGCACUCCCAAAAAAGAUGCUCUAUAGUUUCAAUGUUUUCACCGCAGAAGUCACACAUAUUUGAGAUAGAUAAUUUGCAUUUAAAGUGAUAUUUAUUUGAAGCUAUAAUUCUAUGGAUAUAUUUAUAUUGAAAAUUUCUCAGUGUGCUUUCAAUAGUUGCUUUAUAUGGCAUGGUAAAUAUGUGUUUCCAAUUAAGUUCAUGUUCUCCGAAAAGGACUUGCCAUUUAUUUUGGAUUUUUGAGUUUUCUGUAGGGUUUUUAAUUUGUAGUGUGUAGAAUAUUUUGUUUGUUUGUUUUUUUCUUCCAAGUAUGUUUUCUAUGAAUGUUGUUUGAGUACAUGGUGUAUUAUUUGUAUUUAUUUCAGAUUUAAUGUGUAUGGGUUUGCUUUUGAUUAGUGUGUAGUACUUCAGAAAAUUAUUUGAAGGUAUUCCGUAUCUGUAGCAUAUAUCAUCAAAAGAGUAGAAAUCCUUAAUUCUGUAGUCAUAUAAUUGGUCGACAUAUUUAAUGCUUCGUUCAAACCAAUCUUUAUAAAAAAAACGCCUUAUUGUUUGAAGUUAUGUCUUUAUUGUUCCAUAAAAUUGUUUUACUGUUGGUUUUGGUUUCUAGGUUAUGAGUGACAUCACUCCAUGCUGAUAGAACAUCAGACAGAAAUAUGUUUUCGUUUGCAAUUUCAUGUAAGAUAGAAUUGCUGAUGUUACAUUCAAAGAGUAAGGAGUCACCAUAUUUUUUAGGAUUUUCUGGUAGAAUAAUUUCCAUUUACUCGUAUUGGUAUUAUCUAGGUAUCUUUUAACCCAGCUGCAUUUAAUUGCAUUCAAGAAUGAGUCAAUGUUCGUUAAUUGGAUAACUCCAUUUUCUACAGAUUGAAUUAACUGAGUUCGUUUUAUUUUAUCAGGCUUACCGUCCCAUAUGAAAUUAAAUAUUGCUGAUUUUAUAUCGUUAAUAAUAUCAUUUGGUGGAUUUGGGAGAACUGUUAAUACAUAAAUUAAUUUAGGAAGUGCAAACGUUUUCAAUACUGUGUUUUUUUUCCGAUUAGUGUAAGUUUACGGUGAUGCCAUGAUUUUAAGCAGUUUUUAAAAUUCUGUAAUUUAGGUAGUAUGUUUUUAAGAAUUGUAUCCUUUUCAUGAUUUGUGAAAGUAAUUCCUAACGUUGUGGCUUCAUCGGAUGUCCAAUUAAAUUAAAUUUCUUUUUUAUAUAGGACAUUACUUUGUUUUAAUUUACCUACUCGUAGCACAGUACAUUUACUUUUGUUUAGUUUAAGACCCGAUGCCAUUUCGUAAAGGGUUAGUGACUCUAUUAAGUUAUGGAAAGAAUCGUAAUUGUCGUUUAAUAAAUAAGUUGCAUCGUCAGCAAAUAGGGACUGUUUGAUAUCUUCAUCAGGAUCUGGUGAUAUGCCUUUUAUGUGUUUAUUUGAUUGGAUGUGAUGUGAUAGAUACUCAAUGCAAAUAAUAAAUAGCGAUGAUGAGAGUGGACAUCCUUGUUGAACCCCUCGUUCGAUCUUAAAACUGUUUGAAAAGAAGCCAUUGUUAAUGAUUGUACUGUUAAUAUUGGUAUAGAAUAGUUUGACCCAUUGAAUGAGACUUUCACCAAAGUGCAUAUUUUCUAAGCAUUAGAACAUAAAUGAAUGAUCAAGCGAAUCAAAUGCCUUUUCAAAGUCAGCAAAGAAUAUUAGACCAGGAUUGUUUGAAUUGUUCAAAUAGUUUAUGCAAUUUUGGAUAAGACGAACGUUUUCACCAAUGUAACGUCCUUUUAUGAAACCAGAUUGAGAUUUUGAAAGGAUUGAUGGUAAUAAUUUUUUUAUUCUGGUUGCUAUACUUUUAUUUUCAAUUUUAUAAUCAUUGUUUAGUAAACUAUAUUGGCGCCAGUUUGAUAAGGAUUCUAAGUUUUUCCAGGUUUUGGAAUAAAUGAUAUAAUACCUUGUUUUUGUAGCGUAGUUAAGUUUUCGUUGUAAAAUGAAUAGUUAAGUGAAUUAAUUAGAUGUGUUUUUAUAUCAUUCCAGAAUAUUUUAUAAAAUUCGAUUGUGAUGCCAUCAGAUCCUGGGCUUUUGUUUUUUUGCAUUUCUCUUAGGGCUAAUCCACAUUCAUAUUCAUUGAGCAAUCCGUCGCACAGUUGGUUUUCCUCUUGGUUUAAAGCUGGUUGUAUUUUUAAAAAGGGUGUUAUUUUCAACAUUUUUUCGUUUAUAGAGGGUUUCGAAAAAUAAACGUUGUUUUUCUAGUA